AUGUCACACGGAGUGCCGGUGACGGUCCGACCGGAGGAGGUGGCGGGGGGGACGGUGAGUGACACCGCAGGAGGAAUGGAGGCGCGAGUAGAGCAUUUAGCGGCGAAGCUGGCACAGCAGGAGGAGGCCAUGGCUGCUCUCAAGAAGGAGUUGGCCGAACUGCGACGCGGGAUGGCGAAGGUCGCAGGCGCGAGCGGUGCAGAGGCGAAGGUCGCAGAAGCGAAAGGCGCAGAGCCGCCGGGCGCAGCGGCAAAGGGCGCAGCGGCGAAAGGGGCGUUGGAGACGGGGAGCCACGGCGAGACGGCAAAGGGCAAGAACGGGGCGGAGAUUGCCGCGGCAGGGGAAGCUGGAAAGGCAGGACACGACCCCCCGGCGGACAUUCUCGAUGGGAAAGAAAUUGUCGCGAUAGUGGAGAACUUCAUAACGGAGCACGUAGCUGGAUUAAGGGGUGAGCUUGCGUCUCAGGCGGAGGUUUUGCAGCAGCAGGUGGACGCGGUGCGGAGCGAGGCGGCGGACGCGGCGGGCGCGCUGAAGGCAGAGAUUGCGCGGAUUAAGGCUGCGGCGGAACGGCAGGCGGCGGAAGUGGCGUACGUGCGCGCGAUGGCGUCGCACGCCGAGGAGCGGACGAACGAAUUGGAGCUGGCGGUGGCGGAGGGGAAGAGCGCGCAGAAGAAGGCGCGCGCGGAGCGCAGCCAGCCCGGGGGAGGCGCGGGGGCGCAAGCAGGAGCGGAGAUGCCCGAGGGGAAGAGGCGGAAGCUGGAUGAGGCGGGGAAGGCGGAGGAGGUGGCGUCUGCUGCUGCGGGCGGUCGAGGGAGAAAGCGGGAUGAGGGAGAAAUAAAGGCUGCCGUGCUGGGUCUGCAGAAGGCAGUGGAUGGGCUGCUGCGCAGAGUGGCUAAGGUGGAGGACGCGGAUGCAUAUGUUGCUGUUGCUGCUGCUGCUGCUGCUGCUGCUGCUGCUGCUGCUGCUGCUGCUGCUGCUGCUGCUGCUGCUGCUGCUGCUGCUGCUGCUGCUGCUGCUGCUGCUGCUGCUGCUGCUGCUGCUGCUGCUGCUGCUUCUUCUGCUGCUGCGGCUGCUGUUGCUGCUGCUGCUGUUGUUGUGGCGCUGCUGACGCUCUGGGCCAAGGCAGCGCCGCAGCAGGCGGAGAUGGAAUUCAUAGUCUAUUUGAGGCAUAUGCAGCGGCUGGAGAUGCUGGGGUUGUGGGAUGCAGAGGAGAUCACUGCAAAUGUGGAUUUCUCUUCGCGCGUCGCCGUCAACCGCCAUGUCCAAGCCAUCCACGUCAGCGCCGGUGGACGACACGCAUCGGCGCAAGUGGGACAAGGAGGAGUACAUACAACGCGCACGGGAGCGCGAGGAGGUGCGCGGAUAGGGGGGACGGGGAAGAGGGGGCGAGGGGGGAGGGGGAGAGGGGGAGAGGAGGUGAGGGGGAAAGGGGGAGAGGGGGAGGCGGGAGGGAGAGGCGCAGGAGGAUUAGGGGAGAGAUGGGGGAAGGUAGGAGCGGGGGAGGGAAAGGGUGGGGGGGAGAUGAAGGGCAGAAGGGAGGGUGGAAGGGGAGGGAUGGGGAAGAAGAGGAUGAGGAGGGAGGCCAUAGACGUACGUAAUCUUCCCUCCCCUCACAUUCCCUCCCCUCACAUUCCCUCCCCUCACAUUCCCUCCCCUCACAUUCCCUCCCCUCACAUUCCCUCCCCUCACAUUCCCUCCCCUCACAUUCCCUCCCCUCACAUUCCCUCCCCUCACAUUCCCUCCCCUCACAUUCCCUCCCCUCCCCUCCCCUCCCCUCCCCUCCCCUCCCCUCCCCUCCCCUCCCCUCCCCUCCCCUCCCCUCCCCUUCCCUCCCCUUCCCUUCCCUUCCCUCCCCUUCCCCCCUCCCGUUCCCCUCCCUUUUCUUCCCUUCCCUUUUGUUCCCUCCCGCCCUGCCCGUCUCUUCUCAUCCCGAUGCAUUCUUGUAUUCAUCCGCCUACCCGCUCUCUGCCUAUCCUCACCCGCCGGCCGGCCCCACCAGCACUGCCGCGGGCGCCGUUGAAGCAGCGGGACUUCGAGGUGGACCUGUCCUCUAACCUCGGCCGCACUCAGGUCGUGCUGCCAACUGCGUCUCUCAACCAGCAGGCAGGUUACUUCUGUGACGUGUGUCAGUGUGUGGUGAAGGACUCGGCCAAUUAUCUAGACCACAUCAACGGCAAAAAGCACCAGAAGGCACUAGGCAUGUCCAUGCGUGUGGAGCGUUCGUCUUUGGAGCAGGUGCAGGGCCGGUUUGCUGCCCUCAAGAAGCGGAAAGAGGAGCAAAAGCAGUUCACAGAACAGGACUUUGAGCUACGGUUGUUGAAGCAGCAGGAGGAGGAGAUGGAGAGGAAAAAGGCGAGGAAGGAGAAAAAGAAGGAGAAGAAGAAGGAGCAGCAGGUGCAGACCACAGAGGACGAGGUCGACCCUGAAAUGGCUGCUCUCAUGGGUUUCGGAGGAUUUGGCACCUCCAAGAAGUAG